AUGCUGACCAACUCUCCGCCUACUCUGGGCAGAGCACGGCAAACUCCGUACAGGCCUACAAUCUUUGGGAACUUGCUUCUCUCUUUGAUCCAUGGCCAACGUAUCGUGGAUCUUGCUGCUCUUCAUUUCGGCGUGCCAGGUGUUCCUCCCGACGACCUACGAAAAACCAAGCAGUACGCUUUUACGUUUAUUCCAAAUGAGCAGAAGGAUUUCAGUGUCACCGGUACUCAUAUAUCCUCCCCGGGCUUCGAAAUCAAGUCAAAACCUUCCACGCCCUCAUCCACGCCAACGGCUUCCUCUCCGACAACCUCUUCAACCAGUGCAAAUUCUGAGGCCUCGUCUGCCGAUAGCUCAAAUACCCCACCUAGUACGAGCGGACUUUCCACCGGUGCGAAAGCAGGGAUCGGUGUCGGCGUGAGCAUCGGCGGCUUGGUCGUGCUGGCUGCGCUAGCCUUCUUGUUCUUGCGACGCCGUAACCGGGCAUCGUCACAGGACAUAGGCGCUACCGAAGCAGCAAGUGGUGGUUCCCAACAGGAGGCUAAACCUGCGACACAUGAGCUUUUUGUAGACCCGGCUGAGCUGGCCGGGACGCCUGACAGGAGAUAA